AAUUACAGUCGUUUAGGGUGUUCCGGAUCUUAGUUAGUUCCGGACCACUGUCAGUAAACUAAUAAAAUUGUGAAACAUGUGGUAAAUAUUUCUUGAAAUGGUUGUUUGAUUUUGAAAGAAUGGUCUUUUCUGGAGAAAUUGUCGGUUAUUUAUUUACCAAAAGCGAUUUUCAUGACAUGAUUUUUUUACUGAUGACAAGUGACCUUCACAUUUACUCCAGAAAAAGUACGGGAAAAAAAUGGCGAUUCUGUGAACAGGGCCUCGUGAAUCGAAAUGGGGAAACCAAAACAUCAGAGUCCAGCUGUCAAAAAAGCAAACGCAGUUAAAAAGAAGUACAACAGGGGCUCACCUGGGAAAUCACUCCGGUGCAAGAGAGCAAUUCUGGCCAUAGAAAAAAAAGAGGUAACUAUCAGGAAAGCAUCAGAACUGUAUGGCUUAUCUUAUGGUUAUUUACAUAGGCGUCUUUCUGGAGAGGUUGAAUUAGAUAGUCGAAAUGGUCCACAGCCGAUUUUCACUAAAACUGAAGAAGAGGCGAUGGCACAUUGGCUGAAAGAAAUGGCUAGUCGAGGCAUGGGGUUAAAGCCGGGAGAUUUUUUGGACUUUGUUCAGAAAUUAGUCACCAAUGAAAAGAAACAAACACCAUUUGCAAAUAAUAGGCCUGGAUAUGACUGGUACUAUGCAUUCAUGAGGCGUAAUAGUCACAUCGUUGAAAUGAGAACUGAAACCCCACUGGAAACUUGUAGAGCUAAACUUACAAAAGAGAAGACAGAAAAAUGGUACAGUUCAUUUAGAGAGUUUUUGUCAUUGAAAGGAUUGAUUGAUAAGCCAACCCGCAUAUGGAAUGCUGAUGAAACAGGGUUCAGUAUGGGAAGUACAUCCGGCAAAGUCAUUGGCCCAACAAGAGCAGAACACCCAACUCAAGUGCCUCAUUUGUCUGGUGGUCACAGUAAACAGCGUCUUACUGUAAUGUUCUGUGGGUCAGCAGAUGGAACAAUGAUGCCCCCCUUCUUUGUUUAUCCUGAACCUAAACCCAGAGGAUACAAUCCGAUGACUGGUGCUCUUUAUGGAUCUGACAUAGCGUACACAAAGAAAGGCUGGAUGGAUGCUCCUACAUUUGAGAAAUUUCUAGACCACUUCCAUAAAUAUGCUGGUGAGGAACGUCCAGUGCUUUUGUUAAUCGACAGUGUCAGCAGUCAUAUUUCUAGUGCAGCAUUUGAGUUAGCUAGUAAAAGGGGUAUUGAACUUUACCGAAUAGUGGUGAAUGCUACCCAUCUAAUGCAGCCACUGGAUGUUGGGGUGUUUGGACCCCUGAAACAGCGUUGGCACCAGGUUGUCAGAACCCACACACGAAAUAGCCCCGGAACACCGAUCAGCAAAGAGAACUUUGCAGAAAAACUGAAAGAGGCAUUUCUGUUGUUUUACAAGCCAAUGACAAUUAUCAAUGCAUUUCGGUCCUCUGGAAUUUACCCUGUUGACAGCACUGUGAUCACUAAGGAGCACGUGAAACCAGGUAUCACAUUCAGUAGCACAGAGUCAGCAUCUCUGGAGAUAGAGUCCAAUACCGAGUGUUCCUCAAGUAAAUCAACAACAGUCGCAAAUGUGGAACCACCGCAUGGACCAUCACUGGCUUUUCAAGCAUUAGAAAGUGCACUAACAACACCUACAAAGGCAAAAUACGCUAAACGUCUGGAAGAGGGAUAUGAUAUUCAAGGUCAAUCUCCAUGCUUCGAUGUAUAUAAGAAGCUGUUGUCUGAAUCGAGAUGUGAAACUGUAACCAAAGAGCCUAAAACUUCAGAAAAUGCUACAGACUAUCUGACAGAAGAAACUUCUAAGGACACAGCUGUGGUAACAAAGUCUCAGCCUGCUGAGGUCAUAUUGGAAAGUGAUCAUGACAAUAUAUUUGUACAGAAUGAACAAAAUGUUGAAAAAGAGCCUGUCUCUGGACUUGAUUUGCUUGCAUCAGCUGCAUCUUUACAAAGCCAAGACUCAGUUCAGACAGAAAUCAGAUCACCAGUGUUAUCACCAAUAUUGAAAGAGUCGCUUACAUUCCCAUCAGCAGAGCAGAAAACAAAACCAAAACGAAAGUCACAACUUGAAAACUUACCGGACAACCUCACAUCAUCAGAAUCUCUACGUAGCAUGUCUCUGAAAAGCUUAAGUAAGAUUAGAGCAUUUAAGGAAAGAGAGCUGAAGGCAAAAAGAAAGUAUAUGUCUCAGUUGCUGAAGCAGAACAGUAAAACAAAAGCAAAAAGUAAGAGAAAUACUAGCACAUCUGAAGGCAGCAGUUCUAGUAAUUUGAGGUCAGCUGGGAAAAGAACAACUAGAAAGAAUGUUAAACAAUCAAAAGCAAAAGAGUCUUCAAGUCAAGAAGAGGAUAAUGUGACAUGUAUGCGUUGUCAUAUACGUUUUCUUGAGGAGCGCGAACUGGGGGUGGAACAUCUAUGGGUACAAUGUGACCUCUGUGAUCAGUGGUUGCACACAGAAUGUAGUGAAGACCCUGUAGUUAGGGACGAUGACUUCUACUGCUAUAAAUGCAAAAACCAAUGAACCAGUUCAAGGCCCUUCAGAAGCAAGUGAUCCUGCUUUGUUAAAAACUAUUGUGCUGGAAAAUAGUGUUGUUAAGGGAUACCACGCAUACCAAAUCAAACCACCAAUUACAGAUCCACCAACUAAACUUAGGGUGGACAGAGAGUACACUAACAUUGUUGAUCGAGAUGCCUGUCUAGUAUGGUUGCCAGAACUUGAGGAGUUCGAUGAAAAACUGCAUGACGUGAUUACAGACCAUCAGAGGCACUUAAAAUUAUCAGAUAUUGCUGGUUUGCCUGUUGGACAUGCACCCAGAGUGUUAGCAGGGUUUUUCAGGACUGUGCUAGACGAAGAUGGCAGUGUGUAUGCUGUUGCUACUGGUGAACCCUGUCAGAGCUUUCCUCCCUGGCCAGCACCUGGGGACAAAGGUGGUGGAGCAGUUAUCCCUUGCUCCUAUUAUAUUACAAGUACACCAAGCAAAUUCGAAUAUAACCUUUCCUUGUUGAGCUCUACUUUGGAAAAAAUGGCAGAAGGUUCAGUUAUGAAAGUGUCAUGUAUGUAGUUAUUUGUACAUGUAGAUAUAUCAGUUUUGAGCACACUCUGUGACAUUGAUCUGAACAUUAUAAUUAUAUAAUGUGUACUUUUCUAGUCCUUUUGUAUGUUGUCUAUUUGAUUAUUCUUUGAUUAACUGUGAUUGCCCUGUUCAACCAAUUAUUUAAGAUUAUGAUCUCAAUCAGUGUUUACAUGCUUUAAAAUCUAGUCAUUUUGUAUGUUCUCUAUUUGAUUAUUCUUUGAUUAACUGUGAUAACCAUGUUCAACCAAUUAUUUAAGAUCAUGAUCUCAAUCAGUGUUUACAUGCUUUAUAAUCUAGUCAUUUUGUAUGUUGUCUAUUUGAUUAUUCUUUGAUUAACUGUGAUAACCAUGUUCAACCAAUUAUUUAAGAUCAUGAUCUCAAUCAGUGUUUACAUGCUUUAUAAUCUAGUCAUUUUGUAUGUUCUCUAUUUGAUUAUUCUUUGAUUAACUGUGAUAACCAUGUUAAACCAAUUAUUUAAGAUCAUGAUAUCAAUCAGUGUUUACAUGUUUUAUAAUCUUGUUAGCUACUGUGUCAAUUGUUACCAUCUUGUUUGAUAAAUAAUUCUGAAUAAUAAUAGUUUAAUCAUUAUUCUCUUAAUUAAAUUGACCCAUGUGUAAAAUGGCCUUUUUGUCUGUUCUUCUGAUAAUUAAUGCCAAUGGCUCUUACAAACAAAGAAUAUUUCUAAAACACAUCAAAAAUACUGAUUAGUAACCCAUUGGGAAGGUUUUUGAAAAUGUUUUGAGAAGAUCCCCACUAUGGUCCGAAACUGCCUAAACUGAACCGGAAAUAACCGAAAAGGUCAUGCUGCUCGAAGGUACAAUCAAGAAUGAAAGCUAACAGCUUUUUGCAAAAACUUAUGUUGGUUAAAGAGAGGAAGAAUUUAUCUUUCUCUUGAAACAAAUAAAAUUCCAACAAUGCUACUUUCAGAUAAGUGACAAAUAUAAUUGCUGUUAGCGAUCCAGAACACCCUAAACG